AUGGGCUUCCAGAGUGCCAGGGUGACCAAGGGACGUGGGGCGGGAGGCGGCGCUGGUGGGAGCGGGGUCCCCAAGACCCGACGCCUGCACCCCGCGAUCGCAGCCCUGCAAGUGGAGAGGAUGGGGGAGCCGGAGCGAUCAGGGGGCGCCGAUGGCCUGCUUCCUCUGGAGAGGCAGUUGCAUGAGGCUGCCAGGCGGAACGACGUAGGCAGGAUGAAGGAGCUGGUGGCCAGGCGAGUGAACGUCAGAGCCAGAAACCAUGAGGGCAGGGUGGCCCUGCACUGGGCCGCAGGCGCUGGGCACGAGCAAGCAGUACGGCUGCUUCUGGACCGUGCGGCUGCUGUGGACGACGAGGAUGCGUUUGGAAUGAAUGCUUUGCUCCUGUCUGCCUGGUUCGGCCACUUACAAAUCCUCCAGAUUCUGGUCAGCUCUGGGGCCAAGGUCCAAUGUGAGAACAAGGACGGCCUGAGCCUGCUGCACUGCGCCGCAACGAAAGGCCACGUGCCAGUGCUGGCUUUCAUCAUAGGGGACCUGAAGGGGGUGGCUCUGGAUGGCACUGACAAGCUGGGCAGGACCCCAUUCCAUCGGGCAGCAGAGAACGGACAACUGGAGGCACUGGACUUCCUCGUGGGCUCAGGCUGUGACCAAGGUGUCAAGGACAAGGAGGGGAACACUGCACUGCAUCUGGCUGCCAGCCGGGGGCAUGCUGCUGUGCUACAGAGGCUUGUGAACAUCGGGCUGGGGCUGGAGGAGUGCAACCAGGAUGGCCUGACAGCCCUGCACAUUGCUGUGGAAGGGGUCCACGCGCUGUGUGUGCGGCUCCUCCUCCGUGCUGGGAGCAGUGCCAACGCUCUUACCCAGAAAAAACGUAGCUGCCUCCACUACGCUGCCCUCACUGGCUCCACAGAAAUGACUCGAGCCCUCAUCCAAGCAGGAGCCUGUACCAACGUGGUUGAUCAUAAGCAGCAGACACCCCUCCAUAUUGCCACAGAACAUGCCUAUCAGGACAUCGUGGAGAAGCUCCUCAUCGCUGGAGUGAACUUAAACCUUCGAGAUAAGCAAGGAAAGACCGCGCUGGCCGUGGCUGCACGCAGCAAUCACAUCAGCUUGGUGGACAUGAUCAUAAAAGCUGAACGUUUCUACAAACGAGAGCAGGCUCAGCGCUUGACAUGUGAGGACUCCACUGACCCCGCUGGGAAGAGUGUAACCUUUAGGCUGGACCAUCGUCCCGAAACACGGCAUCUGCGGUCUGUGCUAUGGCAACUGGCCUCCAAAUAUCUGCGGCCUCACGAGUGGAAGCAGCUUGCGGAUUGCUGGGGGUUCACUGAGCCCCAGAUCCAUGCCAUUGAGCAGCAGUGGACAGGCACCAAGAGUUACCGAGAGCACGGUCACCGGAUGCUGCUCAUCUGGCUUCAUGGGGUGACCACUGCCAGUGAGAACCCUUGCAAAGGACUAUUCGAGGGUCUCAUGGCCAUUGGCAGGAGGGAGCUGGCAGAAAGCAUCCGGAGGAAAGCGAAUGCAGAGCCGAGGACCCCCAGGAGAUGCUUGGCUAUGUGAGCCAGAGUGGGGACCAGACAUAGAAGAGGACCAGCACUUGGAGGCGUUUCAAGGGCUUCCAACGGUUUUUGCUGAAGCCAGGGACGUAGCCCAGAAGACACUAUAAAAUGCUGACACUAGUCCCUAAAUACCAUGUGACAUGUUCUGACACUGGUCCCAUAGACAAUGCUUGUCCUGAUACGGUUCCCACAGACCCUAUGAUGUGUUGACACUGGUUUCAUAGAUGCUGUGACAUGUUUACAUUGGUUCUUUAGACACUGUGACACUUGGGGCUAACACUGGCCUCACAGACACUGUGAUGUGCCCCGACGCUGGUCCCUUAGAUGGAUGUCACAUGUAUGUUGGUCCUGCCUUUCCUUCUAGCUCCUCACAGUCCUGCUGUCCCCAAGCCUCACAUCUCACCCCAAAUUGUGGGAUUUACAAGCUCAAAGGCUAAUUACUCUUGAUAUAAGGGUUGGUGAGAAAAGUUUUCUUCAGGCGCUAGCACCCUGAGAAGGUGGUAGGUUCUGGCUCUCACAUAACAUUGGGACUAAGGAUACAUAUAGAGCUGUGGGAAAGUCAGAAUAAACUCUGCUUCUGGACCAGAGUUGGGGAGAAGAGAAGCCUGUCUGGAAUCAGAAGCCUCUACUG